AUGAGACGCCACGGAUUUGUUUUCAUCGAUCGUAUCAUCCAUUUUGCAACUAAUUUUAUACACAGUAUAUGGCGUAGUAGUAGUGCAGCAUUGUUGCUGCUUCUGUUGGCUUAUUGGUUUUAUGGUGACUUUACAAUAUUUCUCCUCCUUUGCUUAGCUAUACUGGGUACAUUAUAUCAAUAUCAGGAUUCGUUACUUUAUUACCCUGAUCAACCUUCAUCAUCGCGUAUGUUUGUCCAGCAGCCUUAUACAAUUGGGUUACCAUCUGAAAAUUUAUAUCUCAGGACUGCUGAUGGUGUUCGUAUUAAUGCAGUUUUCAUUAAACAACCGCCGGUACGGUUGCCUUUUGCGCCGACCAUUAUGUUUAUCCAUGGCAACGCUGGCAAUAUUGGCCAUCGAUUGCCAUUUGCUAGGGAAUUAUAUCAUCAUUGUGGAGUCAAUGUCAUGCUGUUAGAAUAUCGAGGUUAUGGUAAAAGUGAUGGAGUACCAAGUGAAAAUGGCCUAAAGUUAGAUGCUCGAGCAGGACUUGAAUAUCUUCGCGACAGAACUGAUAUUGACGCUAGCAUGAUUAUAGUCUUUGGAAGAUCACUUGGUGGUGCUGUGGGUAUUGAUUUAGCUUGUCAGCAAUUGUAUACGGAUGCUAUACGUGGAUUAAUAGUAGAGAAUAGUUUCACAAGUAUCCCUGCAAUGGGUGAAGUAUUAUUUAGUGCAUUACGUUUGCUCCCCAUGUUUUGCUUCCGAAAUAAGUUCAAUUCCAAGAGUAUCGUAAAAAGUGUACGUGUGCCUACGUUAUUCUUGUCUGGUUUAUCUGACGAAUUAGUACCACCACGGAUGAUGACAGAACUUUGCAACAAAUCCGGUGCAAUCUUUAAAAGGAUUGUAAGAUUCGAGAAUGGUUCGCAUAAUGGCACUUGGCUUUGUCCUGAUUAUUACAAGUGUAUCAGUUUCUUUAUAGCUCAGGAGUUGAAUUCUAAAGCUUUAGUGGCACCAUAG